UCAUGGCUUAGAUAGAAAGAUGAUGGGGUUCCUAGAAUCAAGGCUGAGGUGGAGGUGACUUCUCAUGGGCUUCCAAAAAAGGAGGCCAGGCCCCUUGAUGACAGGCCUGUCAGUGGGGCUGCUACUGCUCUUCAGUUGGAUGACCUUUGCCCAACCCACAUCUCUCUCAGCAUUGGCUUACCAUCCCAACUUGUGCCAGACCACCCAGGAUGCUGAAGGCCGCCACUACCCUGGUUUCUUCUGUCCCCGGCUCUCUGAUACUCCCGAGGAAGCCUACUGCUGUCACCUGCAGGCUGCAGGGGGCUACUGCUGUACCCAGGAUGAAUUUGAGGCCCUAUACCAAGUCAACCUGUCUGCUCUUCCUCCGCCACCCAUCCUUAGGGGCCCGGGUGCUUUCCUAGCCCUGGGCCUCUACAGCCUACUGAUUGUGGCCCUGAUGACCGCAGACCUCCUGCACUUCUGCAGCGGUCGGGGCCGGGGCGCUGGCCGGAGCUGUAGCCGCCGCAGGUCCUCCGCUGGCUCCUCCGCUGCGCGCCCCCUGCAGGUCCCGGAGCUCACAAACUAGGUGCGCGGGCUAGAGGGGCGGAACCUCCCCUCCAGCCCCCCGCCCCUGCCCGGUCGCGCUCUCCUUGGCCCGCCCCUCUCUGACGCCGCCUCCGACUCAGAGCUGGGGCGCGUCAGCCACUGGCAGCUUCCAGAGCCCAGGGCCACCUCCGCCCCAGAGACUGCGCCUGCGCGGGCCCGGGACUUCGGCUCCGUGAUGACUGCCAGCUCAGUGGAGCAGCUGCGCAAAGAGGGCAACGAGCUGUUCAAAUGCGGAGACUACGAGGGCGCCUUAUCGGCCUAUACCCAGGCCCUAGGUCUGGGCGCGACGCCCCAGGACCAGGCCAUUCUGCACCGGAAUCUGGCUGCUUGUCACCUCAAGCUGGAAGAUUAUGAUAAAGCAGAAACGGAGGCAUCUAAAGCCAUUGAAAAGGACGGUGGGGAUGUCAAAGCACUUUACCGGAGGAGCCAAGCCCUAGAGAAACUGGGCCGCCUGGAUCAAGCUGUCCUUGACUUGCAGAGAUGUGUGAGCCUAGAACCCAAGAACAAAGUCUUCCAGGAAGCCCUGCGGAGCAUUGGAGGCCAGAUUCAGGAGAAGGUACGAUACAUGUCCUCAACAGAUGCCAAAGUGGAACAAAUGUUUCAGAUACUGUUGGACCCAGAAGAAAAAGGGACUGAGAAGAAGCAAAAGGCUUCUCAGAACUUGGUGGUGCUGGCCCGAGAGGAUGCUGGAGCUGAGAAGAUCUUCCGGAGCAAUGGGGUUCAGCUCUUGCAACGCCUGCUAGACACUGGAGAAACUGACCUCAUGCUGGCAGCUCUGCGUACACUGGUUGGCAUUUGCUCUGAGCAUCAAUCACGGACAGUGGCAACUCUGAGUGUGCUGGGAACUCGACGAGUGGUCUCCAUCUUGGGUGUGGAAAACCAGGCUGUGUCCCUGGCUGCCUGCCACCUGCUACAAGUUAUAUUUGAUGCCCUCAAAGAAGGUGUCAAAAAAGGUUUCCGAGGCAAAGAAGGUGCCAUCAUUGUGGAUCCUGCCCGGGAGCUGAAGGUCCUCAUCAAUAAUCUCUUGGAGCUACUGACUGAGGUUGGGGUCUCUGGCCAAGGCCGAGAUAAUGCUCUGACCCUCCUGAUUAAAAUAGUGCCCCGGAAAUCACCUAAGGAUCCCAACAAUAGCCUGACUCUCUGGGUUAUUGACCAAGGUCUGAAAAAGAUCUUGGAGGUGGGGGGCUCCUUGCAGGAUCCUCCUGGGGAGCUUGCAGUGACAGCAAACAGCCGUAUGAGUGCCUCCAUUCUCCUCAGCAAGCUCUUUGAUGACCUGAAGUGUGAUGCUGAGAGGGAGAAUUUCCACCGACUCUGUGAAAACUACAUCAAGAGCUGGUUUGAGGGCCAAGGGCUGGCCGGGAAGCUACGGGCCAUCCAGACAGUGUCCUGCCUCCUGCAGGGCCCAUGUGACGCCGGUAACCGGGCCUUGGAGCUGAGUGGUGUCAUGGAGAGUGUGAUUGCUCUGUGUGCCUCUGAGCAGGAGGAAGAGCAGCUGGUGGCUGUGGAGGCUCUGAUCCAUGCAGCUGGCAAGGCCAAGAGGGCCUCAUUUAUCACUGCCAAUGGUGUCUCGCUGCUAAAGGACCUGUAUAAGCAUAGUGAGAAGGACAGCAUCCGCAUCCGGGCACUGGUGGGACUCUGCAAGCUUGGUUCAGCUGGAGGGACUGACUUUAGCAUGAAGCAGUUUGCUGAAGGCUCUACUCUGAAGCUGGCCAAGCAGUGUCGAAAGUGGCUAUGCAAUGACCAAAUCGAUGCGGGCACUCGGCGCUGGGCAGUGGAGGGCCUGGCUUACCUCACCUUUGAUGCUGAUGUGAAAGAAGAGUUUGUGGCGGAUGAGGCUGCUCUGAAGGCUCUGUUCCAGCUCAGUAGGUCCGAGGAGAGGUCGGUGCUCUUCGCAGUUGCUUCAGCACUGGUCAACUGCACCAACAGCUAUGACUAUGAGGAGCCUGACCCCAAGAUGGUGGAGCUGGCCAAGUAUGCUAAGCAGCACUUGCCUGAGCAGCACCCUAAGGACAAACCGAGCUUUGUGAGGGCUCGGGUGAAGAAGCUGCUGGCAGCAGGUGUGGUGUCAGCCAUGACAUGUAUGGUGAAGACUGAGAGCCCUGUGUUGACUAAUUCCUGUAGAGAGCUGCUCUGUAGAGUCUUCCUGGCUUUGGUAGAAGAGGUGGAGGACAGAGGCACUGUGGUUGCUCAGGGGGGAGGCAAGGCUCUGCUUCCACUGGCUCUGGAAGGCACUGAAGUGGGACAGACAAAGGCAGCCCAGGCUCUUGCAAAGCUCACCAUCACCUCCAAUCCAGAGAUGACCUUCCCUGGUGAGCGGAUCUAUGAAGUGGUCCGGCCCCUCGUCUCCCUAUUGCACCUCAACUGUUCAGGAUUGCAGAACUUCGAGGCGCUCAUGGCCCUAACAAACCUGGCGGGGAUCAGUGAGAGGCUCAGACAGAAGAUUCUAAAGGAGAAAGCUGUGCCCAUGAUUGAGGGAUACAUGUUUGAGGAACACGAGAUGAUCCGCCGGGCAGCCACAGAGUGCAUGUGCAACUUGGCCAUGAGCAAGGAGGUGCAGGACCUCUUUGAAGCCCAGGGCAAUGACCGGCUGAAGCUGUUGGUGCUAUACAGUGGAGAAGAUGAUGAAUUGUUACGGCGGGCAGCUGCUGGAGGCUUGGCCAUGCUCACGUCAAUGCGACCCUCACUGUGCAGCCGUAUCCCCCAAGUGACCACACAUUGGCUGGAGAUCUUACAGGCCCUGCUUCUGAGCCCCAACCAGGAGCUGCAGCACCGGGGUGUUGUGGUGGUGUUGAACAUGGUGGAUGCCUCUAAGGAGAUUGCCAGCACCCUGAUGGAGAGUGAGGUGCUAGAGAUCCUGUCAGUCCUGGCUAAGGGCGAGGAAGGCCCUGUUACUCGGGCUGCUGCAGCCUGCCUAGGAAAAUCAAUGGAAUAUGGGCUUAUCCAACCCAACCAGGAUAAAAAGUGAGGGCUGCCCUUGGCCCAAGGCUCUCACACACACUACCUAUUGCACUGAGAAUAAGGACAGAAGCAGCUUUGGUUGAUGGGCCCUGGGAUACCAAACACUCUUGCCUCUUCUCCACAGCUGCACUUUGACAAUCUGUUGAGUUAUGGAUCAUAAUCAGUCAUACAGCCCUGCUCUGCCAGCACUGCCUUGAGCCUUACUCACAGGGGCCCUAUUUCUUCACCGCUGUAGAGAGCUGGGGAGAGGCAUUACAACUCUGCCUGUGGAUUCUAGGCAUCAGGAAGGGCGUAUCAGUAGCCUCUUAGCUGUUAGUAUCCUUUCAGUCUGUUAGGUCUGCCCCUCUAAUAAAGUGUAUGGUACUCAAAUGUGUGCUUUCUCUCUGAGCAGGGAGGACUCUGUGGGCAGGAGCUGGAUAUGGGUGAGUGUACAGUAGAGUUCUGUAGCAGCAGGAGAACCACCUUUAUGGAAGGAAUCUGAUAGAUUUACCUCUCCGGGGCCCACUGAGUUGCUUUUAAUCCUGCUGGAGAGAGAAGGGGUAAGACCAGGAAGCUGGUCAAUAGAAACCAUUCAGUUUCCUGGAAAUAAAUGGUUUUAGGAUAUGGA